GUGGUUUCGAUGCCCUUUGAAAACUUUGCCGUCUGAUUUUCACUUAAACGACCUUGUUAUACUUGAUAUGCAAGAAAGUAAAGUACGAAAACUUUGGAAGGGGACUAAGAUUCUUAACAAGCUGAAAAUCCUCAAUCUCAGCCAUUCCGAGUACCUUGCUAAAACGCCGAACUUCCGAGGACUGUCUAGUUUGGAGAGACUAAUACUUACAGGAUGCACGAGUUUGGUUAAGGUACAUCAAUCUAUUGGAAAUUUGAAGAGCCUUGUUUUGUUGAACUUGGAGGAGUGUGACAGCCUAAAGACUCUGCCAGAAAGCAUGGGUAACUUAAAAUCUCUUCAAACUCUGAACGUUGCUUGGUGCUCACAACUUGAGAAAUUGCCAGAGAGUUUGGGUGACAUAGAAUCCUUAACAGAGUUGUUUACAAAGGGUACUGCGAUUAAGCAACUUCCUCCAUCAGCUAGAUAUUUGAAGAAGCUGACAAAGUUAUCAUUUGGUGGAUACAACUACUCACCUGAUCUACCAUCUAAAUCUUGGUUUUCAAGAUUUUCAUCAUGGCUUUCACCACAAAGCUGUUCGAGCUCCAUAGAUGUGCUACCAGCUUCUUUCAAUAGUUUCAGCUCAUUGAAAGAACUAAAUCUAAGUUAUUCUGGUUUGUCUGAAGCUACAAGUUCCAUUGAUCUUGGGAGUUUGUCCUUUCUUGAAAAUUUGAAUUUGUCUGGACAAGAAUUCUUCAAUCUGCCUUCUAGCAUUAGCCACCUUUCUAAGCUUCAAUUUUUGACGGUUGAGAGAUGCAGGAAUCUUCUAUCAAUCUCAGAGCUUCCAUCAAGUGUACUGUUCUUGUCUAUCUAUGACUGCACAUCCAUUGAAAGAGUAACUGCACCACUUCAGCAUGAAAGACUACCAUUACUGAAUGUAAAAGGGUGCCGAAAUUUAAUAGAGAUUCAGGGCAUGGAAUGUGCGGGCAAUAACUGGUCCAUUUUGAACUUAAAUGGCUGCAACAAUUUAUCUGAAAACUAUAAGAUGAGUCUUAUUCAGGGAUUAUGCAAAGGUAAACAUUAUGACAUUUGCCUAGCUGGUGGUGAGUUACCAGAAUGGUUCGGCCAUCGUGGAGAAGGAUCUUCAUUAUCAUUUCAUUUUUCAGUUCCAGAUGGUAAUAAACUCCAAGGGCUGCUUCUUUGGGUUGUCUCGGCCUCCACCGAUGAAGCCACUCGAGAAACACCAUUUCUCCAGUUUGAUAUGUGUGUUGCUACUUUCAAAAAUAAGAGCAAUGGUAUUGAAUUGUUUGAGACGAUGGCAGCAGUUACGUUUGACAGAACUAUCAAGAAGCAUUCUUGGAUACAGCAUAUACCGUUGAUUGGGUUAGAGGAAUCACUGCAAGGUGUAGAGGAAUUGGAACUGAAUGUCAGAAUAAGCUUAUAUGAUGUUCGAAAAUGUUGGGUAGAAAAAUGUGGGGUACAUUUGAUAAUGGAAAAGAAUAAAGCAGAUUCAGAUCAGGAGAUUGAUAUUCAUGCUCUAGGUUCUGAUGAUCAGCUGUUGGAAAGUAGUUUGAUAAGAGAUUUGCAAAAAUGGAAAAUCACCAGUUGCACUAAAUUUGGAUAGCAUACAACAUAGAAUAUGCUUCUUCUUUUUUGUUUUUUUUUUCCAUGUUUUUGGAUCACAGGGUGCUGGAUCUGUGGUAUUGUUUUCUUGGCAUUUCGGACUGAUAAAUGAGUGACACAAACUUGAAAAGUCUAUUUCAAUGAGGACAAUGGAACUUUAUAUUUAU